CCUCGGCCGUCGCUCAGGCGGCCGCGCCGCUCGCCGCGGGGAUGGUGGGGCGGGCGCCGAGGGGCGCGGGCAGCGCCCACAGCCCGGACGGCGCCCGGCGCGGCGAGCCUCGGCCGGCCAGGUCCACUUUGUGUCUCAUCAUUUCCCUUCUCCAGUCCAAUCUUUAUGGCACCAAAAAUAUUUAUAAGUUCUGAAUUUGGGUGAAAAGAUGGAAGAAAUGGCCUUGAAAUUCAAGAGCAUAAAUAUGGCUGAACUUUCAGAGCCAGAAGGUACUGUAAACUGGAAGGAAAGAUGUUUAACUUUGGAGUCACAGUUAAUGAAAUUUCGUCUCCAGGCAAGCAAGAUCAGAGAACUGUUAGCAGAAAAGAUGCAGCAGCUUGAGAAGCAAGUUAUAGAUGCUGAUCGUCAAGCAGAGAGAGCGUUUCAGCAGGUGCAGAUUAUGGAAGAGAAAUUAAAAGCAGCAAAUGUUCAAACAAGUGAAUCAGAAACCAGGUUGUAUAAGAGAUGUCAAGAUCUGGAGAUCCUGAUACAAGAUAAAAAUGAUAUAAUACAAAAAUUGGAGCAACAACUUGAAGAGCAGAAGCAAAUAAGACUGCAAGAAGCAAAAAUCAUAGAAGAAAAAGCAGCUAAAAUAAAAGAAUGGGUGACAGUCAAGCUUCAUGAGUUAGAGGUGGAAAAUCAGAACCUUCGCUUGAUCAACCAAAAGCAAACCAAAGAGAUGAAAACAGUACAAUCUAAACUGCAAGAAGCUACUGGUAAGAAAUCUGUUACUUCAACACAAAAACCUGGAGAGUGUCAGCGACUAAGCAGUUUGACUUUCGGAUGCUUUUCAAAUAGAGCAAGAAGUCCUCAGCCAUCUCCUAAGCUUGAAGAAAUAAGCAAGGCUUCAUCUAAGGAGUCAGACUACCCUGAAGGCAAAAACAUGCCAGAGAAGGAUAUCCUGGAAACUACCUUUGCUGGUCCUGUACACGAGACAAAUAAAGGUCAGAAGUCAUUGCAACAAAGUUCCUCUGGUUCAGAGCAGAACAAAAAUGUGAGAACAAGCUGCUCAUCCAAAGACAUAGACAGUGACAUGUCAAAGAACUCAUGCACUACUGGGAGUGACUGGAGCUCAGAUGAAGAUGGAGGAGACAAUAAAGGACUGAAAUCCAGGUGUGCAUCAACUCUUUCAAGCCACACAUCUGAAGAGAACACAAGGUACAGUAGAGUGGAAAGUGAAAUGUAUUUGACAGCAUCUGAUGACAGUAGUUCUCUCUUUGAAGAAGAGAGUUUUGAUGUUAAGAGGACUCAGCAAAAGAAGCUAUACUCAUGGCAGCAAGGGUCCCAAAGAAAAGGCCUGAACAAUCUGGGUGGAAAGUGCAACUCUGACUUCACAAGGAAAAAGAAAGACCAAGACAGUUCUUCGGAUGAACUGAAUAAGAAAUUUCAAUCACAGAGGCUUGAUUAUUCAUCCUCAUCCAGUGAGGCAAAUACCCCAAGUCCAAUUUUAACUCCUUCUCUGACACCCAAACACCCAAUUCUAGCAACUUCUGCAGGUUCUCAAUGCACAACUCCAUCAGAUUUUCCCUCAAAUUUGCCACAUCCAAAGUUACGGACUCCUAAUGUCUUUAGUCUAAAUUCAGUGUUAGCAAAGAAACACCUAAGCCAGCCCCAGCUGAGUUCUGACAGAAUGUUUGGUAGAAAUAGAAAUGCCAUAAGCAUGAUCCGUCCUUGGAGACCUCAGGAAACAGACAUAGAUCUGGUGGAUGGAGAAGAUACUGAUAUUUUAGAGAAAAUGGAGAUUAGCUGUGAUGAAGGAGUGUUUACCUAUGACACCACUGAAGCACAAAAUGCUGAAGCCCAGGAACUUUGUGAUAUGACAAAAAAGGGUGCUAGCAACAAACCUCCAACACCUCCAUUACAUCGAUUUCCUUCCUGGGAAAGUAGAAUUUAUGCUGUAGCCAAAUCUGGUUUAAGGAUGUCUGAAGCUUUCACCAUGGAAUCUCUUAAUAAAAAUGCUGUUUCACUGACUUCAUGCUCCAUAUCUGGAUUAUAUACUUCUCUGAUAUAUAAGAACAUGACCACUCCUGUCUACACCACUUUGAAAGGGAAAGCAACUCAAAUAAGCAACAGCCCAUUUCUAGAUGAGUCGUCAGGAUCUGAGGAAGAAGACAGCUCUCGGUCCAGCUCAAGGACUUCAGAGUCUGAUUCUCGAAGCAGGAGUGGUCCAGGGAGUCCUCGGGCUAUGAAACGAGGUGCAUCUCUGUCUUCUGUGACCUCAGAAAGUGACUAUGCUAUUCCUCCAGAUGCAUAUUCAGUAGAUACAGACUGUUCAGAGCCAGAGCAGAAACUUCCUAAGACCUCAUCCUCAUCUAGUGAUAAUGGAAAAAAUGAACCUUUGGAAAAAUCUGGAUAUCUGUUAAAAAUGGGUGGUAAAGUAAAGACCUGGAAACGACGGUGGUUUGUGCUCAAAGGAGGUGAAUUGCUGUAUUACAAAUCUCCAAGUGAUGUUAUUCGAAAGCCUCAAGGUCAAAUUGAGCUAAAUGCAUCCAGCCACAUUGAAAGGGGUGAUGGAAAACAAACAAUUCAGCUGACCACAGAGAAACGAACAUACUACCUGACUGCAGAUUCCCCCAACAUCUUGGAGGAAUGGAUCAAAGUACUGCAGAAUGUUCUUAAAAUACAGGCUGCCAGCCCACUCUUUGUACAGUCUGAAAUCAAGCCAACCAUGAAAGGAUUACUUACAAAGGUGAAACAUGGAUAUUCCAAAAGGGUUUGGUGUACCUUAGUUGGAAAAAUUUUGUAUUAUUUCCGUAAUCAAGAAGACAAGUUUCCUCUUGGUCAAAUCAAGCUUUUUGAGGCAAAGGUUGAAGAAGUUGAUAGAUCCUGUGAUUCUGAUGAAGAUUACGAAGCCAGUGGUCGCAGUUUAUUAUCAACCCAUUACACUGUUGUUAUCCACCCCAAAGACCAAGGACCAACUUAUCUUCUUAUAGGAUCCAAACACGAGAAGGACACGUGGCUCUAUCAUCUGACAGUUGCAGCUGGAAGUACCAGUGUAAAUGUUGGAUCUGAGUUUGAACAACUUCUUUGCAAAUUAUUGAAUGUGGAAGGUGAUGCCUCUUCUCAAAUUUGGAGACAUCCUACCCUUUGCCAUAGCAAAGAAGGAAUUACUUCCCCUCUUACAACACUGCCAUCAGAAGCCUUGCAAACUGAAGCAAUUAAAUUAUUUAAGACCUGCCAGUUGUUUAUAAAUGCUGCAGUUGACUCUCCUGCCAUUGAUUACCAUGUAUCUUUGGCCCAAAGUGCUUUGCAGAUCUGCCUCACACAUCCUGAACUUCAAAAUGAGAUCUGUUGCCAACUUAUUAAACAGACCAGGCGUCGACAUCCACAAAACCAGGCAGGACCAAUACAGGGCUUGCAGCUCUUGGCCCUCUGUGUUGGACUCUUCCUGCCCCAGCAUCCAUUCCUUUGGCUUCUUAAACUUCACUUGAAGAAGAAUGCAGAUUCCAGGACUGAAUUUGGGAAAUACGCUAUAUAUUGCCAGCGCUGUGUAGAACGGACCCAGCAGAAUGGAGACCGAGAAGCCAGACCUUCCAGAAUGGAAAUCCUUUCCACUCUCCUGAGAAAUCCCUACCACCAUUCCCUGCCCUUCAGUAUUCCAGUUCAUUUCAUGAAUGGCAUAUAUCAGGUUGUUGGGUUUGAUGCCUCUACCACAGUAGAGGAAUUUUUGAACACUCUGAACCAAGAUACAGGGAUGAGGAAACCAGCUCAGUCAGGAUUUGCACUUUUUUCUGAUGAUCCCUCUGGCAAGGAUAUAGAGCACUGUCUUCAAGGAAACAUCAAGAUCUGUGACAUUAUUUCAAAAUGGGAGCAAGCCUCCAAAGAACAACACCCUGGGAAAUGUGAAGGCACAAGGACUGUCCGCCUUACUUACAAAAACAGGCUUUAUUUUUCAGUUCAAGUUCAUGGGGAGACAGAGAGAGAGAAGCUGCUGCUAGUGUAUCAGACAAAUGAUCAAAUAGUCAAUGGACUUUUCCCUGUAAACAAAGAAUUAGCAAUGGAAUUGACAGCCCUUUUAGCUCAGGUAGAGAUUGGAGAUUUUGAACGGCCUUUCUCAACUCCAGCAGGGCAAGUCACUUCCCAAUCCAAGUCCAACCAAACACUAAAGCAAGUUUUGGAGAGAUUCUACCCUAAGAGAUACAAGCAAGGUUGUUCAGAUGAACAGUUAAGACAGCUUUGCCAGCGACUGUCGACAAGAUGGAUGGCUCUGCGUGGGCACAGCGCCGCAGACUGCGUGCGCAUUUACCUCACCGUGGCCAGGAAAUGGCCUUUCUUUGGGGCUAAAUUGUUUGCAGCAAAACCUCUAGCACCAGCCUCAGUUGAGAAGUCCUUCAUAUGGUUUGCUGUCCAUGAAGAUGGAAUAAGCAUCCUGGAUUACAGCUCCAUGCGACUGACAGUAACAUACACAUAUAAGAGCCUGAUGACUUUUGGAGGCCAUCAAGAUGAUUUUAUGCUGGUUGUUAACAAUGCUCAGACAAAGGACAAAUCAACUGAAAAACACCUUUUUGCCAUGACAAAGCCAAAGAUUCUUGAGAUCACUCUACUGAUUGCCAGCUACAUUAACAACUUUCAUCAGCUGAAAGGAGUUGCUCAUCACCUCUCUGCUCCAGCAUUACUAGCACCUCAAAGUGGACAGAAACUCAAGGAGAUGGGGAGCCAGCCACUUCUUGCAAUCAACAGACCAACUAAAUGUCCCACUUUGUUAUGAAAGGAUUAUGUAUCGAGAUAAUGCAUCCUUGUUAGAGGGUUUCUGCAUGGACUGAAAACCUUCUGAUGUACAGGAUGUAGAGCACAAGCAGCUCCAUAAACAAAAGGAAGGUGGACAGGUUUACAUUCAUUCAGUUGCAUAUAACAGGAGUAGCCCUUAAAUUAAAGCUAUGGCCUGAACUGGAAAGAUGAUCAGUCAGUUUAAGGGUUAUCAUUGACUGGGGGUUGCUUGUGCCUACAGCUCAGAAAAAAACCACAUCUGUUUAUAAUGAUGGAGAAAGGUGUCAUUGGAAAAAACUGUAUAGAUUUUACAGUUUUACAGAUAUAUUCUCAGGGACCAAACUGUCUUCAGCUCUUCAUCUCUUGUUUUUCAAAAUUAGACCAGUUUUAUAACUUUCAUUUUGAAAAGGAAUUUUUGUUUUGAAAAGCAGUCAAAUACAAAAUACUUUUCACUUCCGGCACCAUCCUUAUUUGCAAUAGAAGUAUCAUGGGACUAAAUGGAACAAAUUGUGUAUAAUUGUUUCUCCUUUGGAAAAUAAAACCAAACACAUAAGCACAUCAUGUAACUAUUAUAAAUUUAAAGAGUAUUCUCAUGAUACACUCUAGCCUUUGUUAUACAGCUGUUUUACUUGGCGUAUCUUCAGCCUUGGUCCGGUAAAUUUGUAAAUAAACCUUCUCUGCUCCAGCCUUUUGAAAAAUAAUCUAAAUUGGAUAGGCACUCUAUUUAGUACAGUUUUGUUAAACAACACCCUGCACCUAAUUUCUCCUUUAAUCCAGAAUAAUAAUAUAAUACAGAUGGCAAGAAUGAUUCACAAUUCAAAACACAAGAAGAACACAGAAGACCAUUGACUGAAAUGUUGUGAGUAAACUUGGAGGCCUAAAAUCCGUGUACAAUAUGUAUAAUGUAUAUACAUUGAGUCAGAAUAAUAUUUACUUCUUGUUUUUAAUUUGUAUCUAUACAUUUCCUAUUAUAAUACUAAUAUAAUGUUCUUGCACACUGAAGAUAUGAUGCUGCAUCUGCACUAUUGGACCUAGGAGCACUUUCAAGUUGCCAUUUUCAGGUGCAAGCCUCAGUGCUACAGAGGUCAAAUGUAUAGAAAUUACAUCCAUUGUUUUUCUUCCAGUCCUCUUCUUUUUUGUUCCAAUGCAAAUAAACCACUUCUGCAGGCUCUGAAAUGGAUCAGCACCAUACUCUCAUAGAUAAUUCAGGUACAACCAUGAAGAAGGUACUCAAAUAUAAAUCAUUGAUUCAUGGACGUUUUAGAAUUUCCACUUUGGCUCAUGUUAAUGAUCAUGGAUCAUUAAUCCCUUACAGCCAGUCCUCAUUGGUUUUUGUUUGAUUAUUACUUAAACUGAAGUGAUUUCACAAUGAAAAAUCUCUGGUUUAUGUUCUUUAAACAUUUCAAAUGCUCAUACUGAGAGAAAAGGUAUUUUCAGCUUUUUGCCCGCUCUUAAAAGCAGGGGAUACAGUAUCCUCCUGAAGAAUUAGAAUAGAUUGGAAGGGAGAUAAAGGCCAUGAAGAGAACAUGGUCUUAAAAGGGGGAAAGGCAGACAGGCAAGCUGGCUUUCUUUAGAAAGCUCUCAAAGUCCUGCCAACAGCUACUGAAGUGCACAGGACUCAAGCACUACUUGAUGAAUGGUACCACGAGCCAGUGCUUCCUCUUGAAAAUUACAACCAAACAACUCACAUACUAUAUCCAGAUGCUUUCCCUUUUGCAAGGUGGAAAGGGCUUCCUGGUAACUUCCACCCUUUGGUGGUGGUUGUGGCACUAGACCCUUCUCUUUCCAUGAGGCAGGGCCAGCAGCAGGAAGUUUUACCUCCUCCUAGGCAGCCAGUCCCCUGCCAUCAUCCAGGGAAGCAGCUUGGGAGCUACAAGAGACCAACGGCAUUACUUCUUGUGCUGCACCCCACGGGAAGUGAUACAGAUCCCAUGGUGUAAUUCAUUUAGGAAUUAACACCCCUUUGCAAUCAGCAGAAUAAUUAACUUUCAGAUUUGAAGGGGUAAGGGUGUUUACAAACAUGUUACCGCAUCAGUGAGGUUACAGUAUAAAGCUGCUCAAAUAUGAUUAAAAACUUCAAUUUACAAACACAAAAGUCAUCUUGUAAUCAUGAAAUUAUGAUAACCUGGAAUAGUCCAACUAGUAGUCUUUCCUAAUUGUCCAGUUUCAAAUGAAUGUGGCAGAUCACCUUCUGUUAUUUGAAGGGAAAAAAAGGGGAGCAUUUCGCUAGGGAGCUUGAUAAUGUAGUUUUUAAAAACUUAGUUGAAUUUUGAGACAACAUGAUAAACAAUGCAAACAGCUGAUGUGCACAUUUGGAGAUUUCAUUAACAACAUUACAAACAGUUGUUUUUAAAUCCGUGUAGAGUCUACGAGCAGAGUAUGACCUUCAUGCCUGCCUUUGGGUAGGAAACUAUAGACACUGCUUUGGGUUUUUUUUGUUGAGCUCCUGCUGCUGCAGUAUGUCCCUACGUCAUGGCAAUCAGAAGCAAUUCAUGCAUUAGUCCCCUUUUUUUGGCCUGACUUUCCAGCCUUACUAGCUGCUCGUUAUAGGUCACCAUUAAUCCCACACAGUCACACUACCAGAAAUGUUGUGUUACUUUACGAAAUAAAUGCACUCUCAGUUACUGUGACAACCCUGUGUUAAACUACUGAGCUGCUUCCAGCUUGAUUAGCAAGAGUGAGGAUCCUGUGGCGACAGUAACCUCAGCAGACACUUCCCUUCAAGGUAACAGGGUCAGCAAGUGGAGUACCUUUCACGUGCAAGCACACUCCCAAACACAGCUCUGCAUAUCUCAGGGCCUUGCUCCACAGUAAUCAGGCUCCACGGCUACUUAAAGAAUGCCACACAAUGCAAGACAGCAGGGCUGAAAAUUUCACAGUCCAAGCAGAUAAUCUGUUCUGCCUUCCCCACCAGCCCAAGCUUCAUGAGUGAUCCACAGCUCAGUCUUAACCUUAAGUCAUCCACCAAAGAAAUUCAUACUGUGCUACCUAAUCCAUGACUAAAGCCUGGGUAGGAACCUGACCUUUCUCACCUCAGCAGUGGUGAUGCUGUGGGAGCUGUCAAUGAGCAGCAGCUUCUGGGACUGUCACUGGAAAACUUCCUAUGCUCAAAGCUUGCAGAACCUAGGUUGUAAAAAUAUUGGCAGGAUGGGAUUAAUAGGAUUAAUAUGUUAGCAGAUGCAAGGAGACUUUACCUUCUACCAUGAACUUCAGAAUACCUUUCAUGCUUGCUUUGAGUUAGUGGUCAGAAUCAACAAUCUGUGUAAAUCAUCAAUGAAUCUGAGCUUGACAGUGACUGAAAAAUCACUGGCAAAUGUCUGGAUAAACAAUCACAUUGCUGUGAAAAGACUGUUUGGAAUGCAAUGUAAAUUAAUGUAUUACUUGAACUUCACUUUGCCUUGUCAGUUUUUGAGCAGCAGUAUUAGCAAGAAAACAGCUGAUUUCUAGAAGCAAGACCCAUUUACUCCUGUGGCACACCAGGCAAAGGAUAAAGCUUUAAGGUUUUAAUACAAUCCCUAAGUUUAAUGGGUUUUGGUUUUUAUAUUUAAAUUUUGUUUAAAUUUGAAAUAAAAGCAUAUGUUUCCCUAUGAAAGAAGGCUGAUAGGAAUUUGGUGUUGAAGUUCCUUGUCAGACUACCAGUUUCCCUAGGUUUUAAUGGUUCCUGAAGGAAGAAAAUCAUUCUUGUGUAAAGGAAUGCGCCACUUAAAGCUUUAGGUAGAGUUUUAAUAGUCCAUACAGCUUAGUGCAAUCCAUUAGUUUGAGUUAAUUUUAACCAAGAUGAUAAGUAACUCAGUAAUACUGAAUUAGGGGAAAAAGAAGUUUGUGUGUGUGUGUGUUGUAUUUUUCACAGUUUAUUAGGGCAAAAGAAACACAGUUGAAAUAUAAAAUACUGAAAACUCCAAUUUAAAUUCCAGAUUAGGUUUUAGUGCAUUUACUAACUGUACACACUUUUACUGUGCUCAGAUCUGUACUGCAGCAUCUUCCAGAUAUGCCACCUCCGACAGCGAGUAAAUCACUGUAAAAACUUUGCUUUUUAUACUCUCGUUGUUGCAGUAAUGGCUGCAUAGGUCAUAGUGCCAGGAGCAAUUCCUACCAUGGUUUUGCUGUCUUUGGCAGAGCAAGAGCAGCUUUGUCCAGGGAUUUUGCUAUCUGUAGAUGCUGAUUACAGAUCAGCACUGGCUUCAUAUAUAUACCAAGAUAUCAGAAGUGUUCUGUUGAACUAAAAUUCAUUAAAGAAAUGCACUUAGACAGACACCAUCAUGAUCUGCACUGUAUAAUACUACAUAAUUAAGUUUCUUUCUGGAUUUUAAUUAGUAAGACCAUGGUUUCCACAGGAGGUUAGCAAAUUCCUGAUAAUUUGCAUGCAAAAACCUGGAAGUAAUCAAAAACAACAAAAAUAGCUAUAUAAAGGCUUCUGGAACUAAAACUGAGUGAUUAUGCAAGCUAAAUUUAGAAAAAAAUAAUCUUAUUAAAAGAAUGAACAUUACUUAGGGUCAGUGUUAGGAUACUCAGCCUUCCUUGGGUAAGGAAGAAGGAACAGGUAAAAUGAAAUCUGAGUUAAUCAUUAUGAAUGAGGCCAUUUUCCUGGCUUUGAUCAAAUGGGUAACUGAAUGAUUUUAGUCAUGUUUUCCUGUCUCCACUCUCCAGAUACAAAGCAGCUCCUCAGCUACAGAAGAGAGCUGUAAUUGCUAUCUUGGAUUUUGGGCCACUUCUCUGUAGGACACUUUAAACUUGUUGGGCUCACUUACAUCCCAUGCCCAUUUCAUACUCAGGGUCAUCCUGCUGGUUUACUGCACCAUUUAAAUCCUACUUUCUAAUCCAAGCCGACCAUUUUUUGACUUGAUUUUUGAUAAUCUUAUUUGAAAUAAUCCAGCCUGUUUGUUACAGUGUCUUACUUUGUAUGCCCCUAGCAACUACAAAGUCACAGAAACCCAGAAUGGGUCAGGUUGGAAGGGGCCACAGUUGGUCAUCUGGUCCAACCUCCCUGCUCAAGCAGGGUCAUCCCAGAGCACAUGGCUCAGGAUUGGGUCUAGUUGGUUCCUGAAUACCUCCGGUCAGGGAGACACCACAGCCUCUCUGCACAGCCUGUUCCAGUGCUCAGUCACCUGCACAGUAAAGAAGUUCUUCCUCAUGUUCAGCUGGAAAUUCCUGUGCAUCAGUUUCUGCCCAUUGUCUCGUCCUUUUGCUCAGCACCACUGAGCAGAGACUGGAUUAUGCUUUCUACCCAUUGCCUCUUGUCCUUUUGCUCAGCAGCACUGACAGUGCCUGGCUCCAUCCUCUGACACCUCCCUUCACACGCUGACAGACAUUGGUGAUGUUCCCCCUCAGCCGCGUCUCCUCAAGGCUGAAGAGGCCCAGCUCCCUCAGCCUUUCCUCCUAAGAGAGAUGCUCCAGUCCCUCACCUACCCUCGCUGCCCUCCGCUGGACAAUAAAAUCAUUACAAAAUAAU